AUGACUGCUGUGCCAGAGUUUCAGAUUCGUCAGGCCCCUGUUCUGGUGGCAGCUGGUGGCUAUGUGGCCCAGGCGUGGGGCACCAUUCCCAAGCUCACAGCAAAAUCCAACUGCCGCUACGAAAUUGAGUGGAUCACUGAGUAUGCGUGCCACAGAGAUUAUCUGGAAAGUAAAACCUGCUCUCUGAGCAGCGAACAGCAUGACAUCACCAUUGACCUCCAGCCACUCCGACAGGAUGGAGCUCUGUCCUCCUCUUACUACGCUUCAGAUGGAAAGGAAUAUAUGUUUUAUUUGAAUGUCUGUGGAGAAGUUGAAGUACCGUUCUGUAGUAAGAAAGAAGCCGCCAUUUGCCAAGUAAAGAAGAAUGAACCCUCUCAAAUCAAAGUAGCAGGAAAAUACCAGAAUCAAACCCUCCGGUACUCCGACGGAGACCUCACCUUGAUCUAUUCUGGAGGGGACGAAUGCAGCUCUGGGUUCCAGCGGAUGAGCGUCAUAAACUUCGAGUGCAAUAAGACGGCAGGUAAUGAUGGGAAAGGAGCUCCUGUAUUCAGUGGGGAGGUAGAUUGCACCUACUUCUUCACGUGGGACACGAAGUACGCCUGUGUGAAGGAGAAGGAGGAUCUCCUCUGCAGUGUGGCCGACGGGAAGAAGCGGUACGACCUGUCUGCGCUGGCUCGGCACUCAGAACCGGAACAGAAUUGGGAAGCUGUGGAUGGCAGUCAGAGGGAAACAGAAAAGAAGCACUUCUUCAUUAAUAUCUGCCACAAAGUGCUUCAGGAAGGCCAGGCCAGAGGCUGUCCUGAAGAUGCGGCCGUGUGCUCUGUUGAUAAGAGUGGAUUUAAAAGUCUAGGCAAGUUUAUUUCUUCUCCCACAAAAGAGAGAGGGAACCUUCAGCUCUCGUAUUCAGAUGGUAGUGACUGUGGCCACAGGAAAAUAACAACUAACAUAACACUCAUCUGCAAGCCAGGUGAUCUGGAAAGCGCUCCGGUGUUGAGAACCUCUGAGGAUAAUGGCUGCUUCUAUGAGUUCGAGUGGCAUACGGCCGCAGCCUGCGUGCUGUCGAAGACGGAGGGCGAGAACUGCACGGUCUUUGACUCCCAGGCAGGGUUUUCUUUUGAUUUGUCACCUCUCACAAAGAAAAAUGGUGCAUAUAAAAUUGAGACAGACAAGUAUGACUUUUACAUAAAUGUUUGUGGUGCGGUGUCUGUGAGUUCUUGUCAGCCGGACUCCGGAGCCUGUCAAGUAGCAAAAAGUGGUAAUAAGGCUUGGAACUUGGGACUGAGUAACGCUAAACUGUCAUAUUAUGAUGGGAUGAUCCAGUUGAACUAUAAAGAUGGCAUGCCCUAUAAUAAUGGAAAGCAUACACCGAGAGCUACACUGAUCACCUUCCUCUGUGACCGAGAGGCUGGAGUCGGUCUCCCUGAAUAUCAGGAGGAAGAUAACUCUACCUACAACUUCCGGUGGUACACCAGUUACGCCUGCCCGGAGGAGCCCCUGGAGUGUGUGGUGACCGACCCCUCCACGCUGGAGCAGUACGAUCUCUCCAGUCUAGCAAAAUCUGAAGGUGGUCGUGGAGGAAACUGGUACGCCAUGGACAAUGCGGGCAAGCACAGCACAUGGAGGAAAUACUACAUAAACGUGUGUCGACCUCUGAACCCAGUGCCAGGCUGUGAUCGAUACGCGUCGGUGUGCCAGAUGAAAUACAACAAUGAUCAGGGCUCCUUUUCUGAGGUAGUGUCCAUCAGUAACUUGGGGGUCGCAAAGACAGGCCCUACGGUGGAGGACAGCGGCAGCCUCCUCAUAGAGUAUGUGAAUGGCUCCGCGUGCACCACCAGCGAUGGGAGGCUGACCACCUACACCACGAGGAUCCAUCUCGUCUGUUCCAGGGGCAGCCUGAAUACCCACCCCAUAUUUUCCCUCAGUUGGGAGUGUGUGGUCAGUUUCCUGUGGAAUACAGAGGCCGCCUGUCCUAUCCAAAUAAUGACGGACACAGACCAGGCCUGUUCCAUAAGGGACCCAAACAGUGGCUUUGUGUUUGAUCUUAACCCGCUGAACAGUUCCCAAGGAUACGUGGUUUCAGGAAUUGGGAAGACUUUUGUGGAUAUUGGCCGAGUCACAGGACCUCCAAUACUCAACCCCAUAGCUAAUGAAGUUUACUUGAAUUUUGAAAGUAGUACUCCUUGCUUAGCGGACAAGCAUUUCAACUACACCUCACUGAUCGCAUUUCACUGUAGGAGAGGUGUGAGCAUGGGAGCUCCCAUGCUGCUGAGGACCAGUGACUGCGACUUUGUGUUUGGGUGGGAGACCCCACUGGUCUGUCCAGACGAAGUGAAGGUGGACGGCUGCUCCCUGACGGACGAGCAGCUGCAUUACAGCUUUAACCUGUCCAGCCUUUCCAAAAGCACUUUCAAGGUGACUCGAGACUCACGCACCUACAGUGUAGGGGUAUGCACCGCGGCGGCAGGCCUGGAUGAAGGAGGCUGUAAGGACGGCGGUGUCUGCCUGCUUUCCAGGAACAAGGGGGCAUCUUUUGGGCGGCUGGCAUCGAUGAGACUGGAUUACAGGCACCAGGAUGAAGCUGUCAUUUUAAGUUAUGCCAACGGAGAUAAUUGUCCUCCAGAAACUGAGGAGGGUGACCCCUGUGUGUUCCCCUUCAUAUUCAAUGGGAAGAGCUACGAGGAGUGUGUUCUGGAGGGCAGGGCGAGGCUCUGGUGCUCCACCACGGCCAACUACGACAGAGACCGCGAGUGGGGCUUCUGCAGACACUCAAACAGCCACCGGAUGUCUGCAAUUAUCUUCAAGUGCGACGAGGAGGCUGAUAUCGGGAGGCCACAGGUCUUCAGUGAAGUUCGUGGCUGUGAGGUGACAUUUGAGUGGAAAACAAAAGUUGUCUGCCCUCCAAAGAAGAUGGAGUGCAAAUUCAUCCAGAAGCACAAAACCUACGACUUACGGCUGUUGUCUUCACUCACCGGGUCUUGGUUCUUUGUCCAUGAAGGAGACUCGUACUAUAUAAAUCUCUGCCAGAAAAUAUAUAAAGGGCCUCUCGACUGCUCUGACAGAGCCAGCAUUUGCAAAAAGAGUGCAUCUGGUGUCGUCCAGGUCUUGGGGCUUGUUCACACACAGAGGCUGGACGUCUUAGAUGACAAAGUCAUCGUAACUUAUUCAAAAGGUUAUCAGUGUGGGGAGAAUAAGACGGCAUCUGCCGUCAUAGAGUUGACCUGUGCGAAGACCGUGGGCAGACCUUCAUUCAUGAGGUUCGACAUCGACAGCUGCACGUACUACUUCAGCUGGGACUCCCGGGCUGCUUGUGCUGUGAAGCCGCAGGAGGUGCAGAUGGUGAACGGCACCAUCACCAACCCUAUAAACGGCAAGAGCUUCAGCCUCGGAGAUAUUUAUUUUAAGCUGUUCAGUGCCUCUGGGGACAUGAGAACAAAUGGGGACAAGUACCUGUAUGAAAUCCAGCUUUCCUCCAUCACAAGCUCCAGAAAUCCGGCAUGCUCGGGGGCCAACAUAUGCCAGGUUAAACCAAACGACCAACACUUCAGUAGGAAAGUUGGAACUUCUGACAAAACCAAAUACUACGUUCAAGAUGGUGAUCUAGAUGUGGUGUUUGCCUCAUCCUCUAAGUGUGGAAAAGAUAAGACGAAGUCUGUGUCUUCCACCAUCUUCUUCCACUGCGACCCUUUGGUGAAGGACGGGAUCCCCGAGUUCAGCCACGAGACUGCUGACUGCCAGUACCUGUUCUCCUGGUACACCUCUGCCGUGUGUCCUCUGGGGGUGGGCCUCGACGGUGACAGCGCGGGCGAGGACACGCCGGAGCACAGGGGGCUGUCGGAGCGAAGCCAGGCCGUUGGGGCGGUCCUCAGCCUGCUGCUGGUGGCGCUCACUGGCUGUCUGCUGACCCUGCUGCUCUACAAGAAGGAACGGAGGGAGAUCGUGCUGAGCAGGCUGACCAGCUGCUGCAGGAGAAGUGCGAACGUGUCCUACAAAUACUCGAAGGUGAACAAGGAGGAGGAGGCAGAUGAGAACGAAACGGAGUGGUUGAUGGAAGAGAUCCAGGUGCCGACCCCAAGGCCCGGGAAGGAAGGACAGGAAAACGGCCACGUUACCACGAAGUCCGUGAAGGCCGAAGCCCUCACCUCCCUGCACGGGGAUGAGCAGGACAGUGAGGAUGAGGUCCUGACCAUCCCGGAGGUGAAGGUGCACUUGGGCAGAGGGACUGGGGCCGCGAGCAUGCCGCAUGGGCACACCCCACAGAGGAGGGGGCUUCGGGAGAGCGCGGACGGCGCCGGGGUGCUGCUGCGAGGGGACCUGGUCCGCAGAGGGAAGUCCAGGCCUGCGCCGCCCAAGACCGUGAGCUCCGGCGGCCUGGCGGCCUUCCACGACGACAGUGACGAGGACCUCUUACACAUCUAGUCCCCUGGUGCCUCCAGGAGACGCAGGUCCGGUGUCACCAGGCACCUCCAACCAAAUAAGACUUCAGCUCGAGGAUGCUUCUAUCAUUUUUGCCUUUAACAAAAACUGUUUCAAAAGGGAAGAGUUUUUGUGAUGGGGGAGAGGGUGAGGAGGUCAGGUUUACGGUCCUCGGAACGAGGCUCUGUUCCUGUCGCAGGGGGAGGAGCCGGGGCCCUGGGUUUUGUCCCCAGCCCUCACUUAGAAGCGUGGCAGCCGUGCGCCUCACACUGUGCGCCUGGGCCAGACGCAUCUUGGAACCGAGGGCUGUGUAUUUGAGAAAAACCCUUGCUGCUUUAGGCCCUGUAGGGUUUUGACCAUUAUAUUUUAGCAUUUAAUUCUCUCCUCCUCUAUUUAUUGACUUUGACAAUUACUCAGGUUUGCGAAAAAGGAAAAAAACAAAAACAAAAACAAAAAACACAAAAAACGCCACAAACAGCCCCACGGUCUUUUUCCUGACGGCAGGGUAACAUAGUGUUCAUCCCCUGUCCGGAGGAGGAGCUGUGGGUGUGCUAGGAAGGUUCCAUAUGAGAUUUUGAACUGGUCAAUAAUGUAUCCUCUAAGUUAGAAUGCUCCAUUCUGUCCUUCCUUUUUGCUUCCUGUUUCUGAAGGGAACACGCACGUGCAGGGGUCCCCGAGUGCCUAGGCUUGGGACGGUUCGCCUGUUCUCUGCCUUUAGUCGGUAACGGCUGCAGCUUUUUGCAUGACAUCCUCAAUCCUAGGUGCACAGAGCACAUGUAUCAGUAUUUCUUUCGCCGGCUGGUGAAUUCAAACAACCCACCCAAAGAUCGAUUAUUUUUGUGUGUGUGUGAGGAUGGAGUUGAGAUGUCAGAGAAAAUAACUUUUUCCCAGAUUUGGGAUAUAGGUCUCACCUCUUCAGGUUCUCAUGAUACCACCUUUACUGUGCUUAUUUUUUUAAGAAAAAAAAAAAAGUGUUUAUCAACCAUUCGACCUAUAAGAAGCCUUAAUUUGCACAGUGCGUGACUUAACAGAAAUUGCAUGAAAGCCGACGGGCCAGCACUUCGCCCUCGCGUUGCACUUGGGAUUCCUGUGCUGGGGGUGCUGGCUCCACCUCUCAGUGCUGCAGGACGGGAGGGCAGGACGCUGUCCUGCCCUGGCUGUUGGCACCUUUCUUGAAGUGUUUUUCUCGAAUUAUAGAAUUGUAUAUAGACUCAGUGGUAUUCAUGUACUGAAAAGCAAGCUGCCCUUGGUUUGUACUCGGUUUGGCUGGCUAAUUUGAUUUCAACAUGAGUGUAUUUUUUAAAAUUGAUUUCUUUUCUCAUUUUUUUUCAAUCAAAUUUACUGUAAUAUAAAGUAUUCAACAAUUUCAAUAAAAGAUAAAUUAUUA